UUCACACGGCAGUUUGCUGCCUGCGCUCUCUCUCUCUCUCUCACACACACACAUUGCUUCAAAUUUGAUUGCUCCCCCCCCCCUUCCAUUUUUGUUUUUUUUGUAUGCUGAUUCUAGUCGUCGUCGAUUGCCAUUGUCCGUUGGAGCUGGAAUUUGUUCAGAGCUCCAAGUUUCUGCCUGCAGUUUGUUUGCUCUUAGUUGUGGCCCAAUUCAGCAAGUGUUGAUUGUAAGUUGUAACAAGAGUAAACACAAGAGAGAUUUAUUGUAAUGAUAUCCGGCGGUUCCAGUAAUUAGGCUUGAGGCUGGCUAUGGAGUCAUGCCCUUUAUCUGAUUUCCGCGAUGAAAGCUGUGAGGAAGAGCUAGCCGUUCUUCCCAGGCAUACAAAGGUUAUUGUGACAGGGAAUAACAGAACAAAGAGCGUUUUGGUGGGUUUGCAAGGAGUGGUCAAGAAAGCCGUUGGUCUUGGUGGUUGGCAUUGGCUGGUACUGAAGAAUGGUGUUGAGGUCAAGCUUCAGAGGAAUGCUCUUAGUGUAUUAGAACCGCCUACUGGAAUUCAAGAAGACGAUGAAUAUGAUUUUGAUGAUUCAAGCAGUGGCUCUGAUAUGGGGGAAAACCAUCGCCGCUUCUCUUAUGGGCUUCACUUAAGCAAGAUAAACAAGCCUAAAAUUAGGUAUAAUAUGCAGUGGUCUCCAUCCGUAGCAACAACAAAGUCGAUGAACCACAGCAGUUGCAGAGAGGUUCAGUCCAAUUUUCGCGCAACACAAUUGAGAGUUAAUCUGGCAAAGCUCGGGACUGGAUCAUUAUGGAGAUAUUGUCGAAGCUUCCACAUCGCCAAUAUCAGCUCUCACCCUACUAAGGAACAACUCAUCAAAGCUGUCCAGCAGCAUUUUUAUUCGCAGAAAGUAGACGAGGUACAAGUGAUUGUGGAGUUUAUUCGUGCGGCCAAGAGACUUGAGUGAGUUGGCAAAGAUUGAUGAUAUAUGGAUAGUAUGUAUUUAGUAGGUAAUCUACUCUAAUAGACCCUAGCUUUUUAGUUUAACCUCCUCUAAUUAUUCACUAGCACUGCUGAUGUAGAGAAAAGGUGUGCAUGAGUGUGGAUUGUACUAACCAUGCAAUAGGGGGUUUGGUUUGGUUUGGUUUGGUUUGUUUAGUCAAUAUAAAUUAUACUCCACUAUCAUACACCUUCAUAUCUUUCUUUUUA